AUGGCUUGGUCCCGUGGCCGAGAGCACGGCGGUAGCGACACACCAAGGGAGAAGCGCCCGCGCGGCCAGGGAGGGGAGGAGGAGGAGGAGGAAGAGACGAGCAAGAGCUCCACCGCACUGCGAGACUGGGGGUACUUAUGGGAGCGCGCUAGCGAUGGGAGACCCGGCGGCUGA